AUGCAGCAGGCGAGGCCUGCCCUGCUCGGAGCCGUGUUCCCCGGCCGCACCCUCCUCAUUAAGAAGCUGCGGAAAGCCGUUGGCCCCAGCCCGGCGCAGCUCGAGCAGCAGCGGCAGCAGCGGCUGGCGCAGCGCAGCCAGGAGCAACUGGCUCGCGCAGAGCUGCGGAGCACGCGCCGCGAGGCGUCCCGGCGUUGGCUGGCGGAAGUGGUGGCCGCCGCGCAGGGGCAGCGCGUGGGGGAGCUGGUGGCGGCGCUGUCGCGGCACGACCAGCUGUGGCAGGCCAAGGCGGCCUCUGUCGGGCGCGGCGGCGGGGGCGGCGCAGGUGGGGAGCGUGUGCGGCUCUUCCGCGGCGGCGCGCGGGCGUCCUCCCACCCCGACCGCCCCGGCCUACCCGGCCAUGCAGCCCUGCUCGCCGCCCGCCACCUCGCCGACCCGCGCCGCGGCGGCAGCGCGCGCCACGCGCAGGCGUUUGUCGAGCUGCUGAUCGAGCGCGGGCAGGUGGCGCCUCGGCGGGCGCGGUCGGCGGUGCACGCGGUGCUGCAGGCGUACGACCGAGAGGGCGACCUGUCAAAGAUGGUCGCGGCCGCGUCCCGCAUCUAUGACACCGGCGACCCCUCGUCCCCUUGCCUCAUGCCGGGCGCCAGGCCCCCCCCCUCGACCCUCGCCCUGCUGCUGACCGCCUGCGGCCGCGCGGGGAACGCCGACCUGUUGGCUGGGGUGUGGCGGCACCUCGGGCCGCGGCACGGCGCGGAGGGCGCGGGUGGGGGCGGCAGCGCCAGCGCCGGUGAUGCGCCCGCGGCGGCGCCGAUGAAUCUGAGUGUGGUCAGGGCCUAUGUGGAGGCGGCGGUGGAGUGUGACAUGCGGGCAGCCGGCUUGGCGGGCGGCAGCGGCGGCGACGGGUGGACAGACGCCGACGUGCACACGGCCGCGGGCGGCCGUCGGCGCGGCGCGGGGGACGUUGGGCGCGCGCUGUUUGGGGACGGUAGUGUUGCGGAGGCUCUGUAUGAACUCCAGGACUGGGCGCCGCCCCGACGGCAGCAGCACCAGCAGCAGCAGCAGAAGGACCCGCAGCGGCGGCAGCGGGAAGCGAAGGGUGGUGGCGGCGCCGCGGCGCCCGUGGCGGCGGCCCCUGCCCCGCCGCCGCCGCCGCCGCUGCUGCCGCCGCUGAUCUCUCCGCGGGCUGCGCUGCCGCUGCUGCGGCGCUGCAGCAGCGUGGCGGACGUCGACGCACUGCUGCUGUCGCGCCUAUUGCGGCCCGGGGGCAUGUCUUUGGAGCACCUCCGGCGCUUUGGCCGCCAGCGGCCGAGCGAGAGGCGGGCGGACGGGGAUGGGAGCGGCGGGGCGCUCGGCGCCGCAGUCAUGCGAACGGAGGACCCUUACCCUAUUUCUGAGCUUGUGACCAUGGCCCUGGCCGCGCAGGCGGCAAAGGGGCCGGCGGCGGCAGACCAGCAGGCGCAGCAGCAGCAGCAGAAGCAGCAGCGUGAUGGCGACCAGCGCGGGCACGGCGGCCGGGCGGCGGCCGCAGCCCAGGCCGCGGCGCGGGCCGGCCAGCAGCCCGUGCUUUUCCCUCCGCGCCUGCCGCCGCCGCUCGCGGCCGCGGCCGUCGCGGCUUACAUGCGCUUCGGCGCGUCCGCGCGCGCCGCGGCCCGCUGA